UCCAUUCCCUUGUGAUUCAUGAUGACUUCCAGAGCUCCUGGUGGAGAAGAGUAUACAAGUCUCUUUAUUUCAGCUGCAUGACUAGAGAAUAACCAACCAUGACUACAGAAUCGGGAUCGGACUCUGAGUCCAAGGAUAAAGAGCAGGAUCAGCAGGAGAGCCCUGCGCAGCAAGGGGUGGCGGAGACCCAACCGCAGGAGCAGCAGCAGCAGCAGCGGCAGCAGCUGACCGAAGAGCAUCAAAACGCACUCGAGCAGUUCUCGGCCGUGGCAGCCCACAGCACGCCAGUGAAAAAGGAGCAGGACACAGACAAAGAACAGGAGUUUGCUGCUGCGAGUGCAAAACAGCUGGAAUACCAGCAGCUAGAGGACGACAAGCUCUCUCAGAAAUCAUCAUCUAGCAAACUUUCCAAGUCUCCUCUAAAGAUUGUCAAGAAACCGAAAAAUAUGCAGUGCAAAGUGACACUUCUGGAUGGAUCGGAAUAUGCGUGUGAAGUAGAGAAACGUUCCAGAGGUCAAGUGCUAUUCGACAAAGUGUGCGAGCACCUGAAUCUUUUGGAAAAAGACUACUUUGGGCUAACAUACAGAGACACGGAAAACCAAAAGAAUUGGUUGGACCCUGCCAAGGAAAUCAAGAAGCAGAUCCGAAGUGGUGCUUGGCAGUUUGCAUUUAAUGUGAAAUUCUACCCUCCAGACCCCGCCCAGCUGUCUGAAGAUAUUACCAGGUACUACCUCUGCUUGCAGCUGAGAGAUGACAUCGUGUCAGGUCGGCUGCCCUGCUCGUUUGUCACGCUGGCCCUGCUGGGCUCCUACACCGUGCAGUCAGAGCUCGGUGACUAUGACCCCGACGAGUACGGCAGCGACUAUGUCAGUGAAUUUCGCUUUGCGCCGAAUCACACUAAAGAGCUGGAGGAUAAAGUGAUUGAGCUGCACAAGAGCCACAGGGGAAUGACACCUGCAGAGGCUGAGAUGCAUUUCCUGGAGAACGCCAAAAAACUAUCAAUGUAUGGAGUAGAUCUCCAUCAUGCCAAGGAUUCUGAAGGAGUGGAAAUCAUGCUAGGAGUUUGUGCAAGCGGUCUCUUAAUAUAUCGAGACAGACUCAGAAUAAAUAGAUUUGCCUGGCCAAAGGUUCUGAAAAUUUCCUACAAGAGGAACAACUUCUACAUCAAAAUCCGACCAGGGGAGUUUGAGCAGUUUGAAAGCACUAUUGGGUUUAAGUUGCCAAAUCAUCGUGCUGCAAAGCGCUUAUGGAAAGUGUGUGUUGAGCACCAUACAUUUUUCAGGCUCCUGCUGCCAGAAGCACCUCCAAAGAAGUUCCUCACGCUAGGCUCCAAGUUUCGCUACAGCGGCCGGACGCAGGCCCAGACGAGGAGAGCCAGCGCCCUCAUAGACCGUCCCGCACCUUACUUUGAGCGGUCUUCUAGUAAACGUUACACUAUGUCUCGCAGCUUAGAUGGGGCGUCAGUGAAUGAAAACCAUGAAAUGUACAUGAAGGAUUCUGUGUCUGCUGCAGAGGUUGGUACUGGCCAGUACGCCACAACAAAGGGCAUCUCUCAGACCAACUUGAUAACCACUGUGACUCCAGAGAAAAAGGCAGAAGAAGAGAAAGAUGAUGAAGAGGGCAAAAAGAAAAGAGCAGAGGAAGUCACCCCGGUCUCUGCAAUACGCCACGACACCAAGCCAUCUUUGCUUGGCACUGACUCCCGCCACCCCUCGCCAUCCUUGCAGCCUGGCCCCGAUGCAUCUUCCGCAAAGCUUCGCAGGAGAUGCAAGGAGAGCGCUCGAACAAAGUCGUUAGGUUGUGAGGCGCCCAAAGAGAGCGCUCCAAAGCACAGCGAGUCGGAGCCAGACUCUGACAGAAAGGGGCGAGUUUGCUCCGCCGAGCAAGGUGCGGCUUUCGGCUACAAGCAAAAAGCUGGCAGAGGCGGAACGCUGUUUUCCUUCUCCUUGCAACUUCCAGAAUCAUUUCCUUCCCUGCUGGAUGACGACGGCUACCUGUCGCUCCCUAACCUCUCCGAAACCAACCUCCUGCCUGCCAGCGUGCAGCACUACCUUCCCAUCCGCUCCCCCUCCCUGGUGCCUUGCUUCCUCUUCAUUUUUUUCUUUCUGCUCUCUGCCUCUUUCUCAGUGCCAUAUGCCCUCACUCUCUCCUUUCCUCUGGCUAUGUGCCUCUGCUACCUGGAGCCCAAGGCGGCCUCCUUGAGUGCCUCACUUGCCAAUGACCUGAGUGACAGUUCAGAGGAAGAGACUGACAGUGAGCAGACGGAUACUGCAGCUGAUGGUGAGACCACUGCCACCGAGUCGGAUCAAGAGGAAGACGGAGAUCUAAAGGCACAGGACCUAGACAAAACCCAGGAAGAUCUGAUGAAACAUCAGACCAAUAUAAGCGAGCUGAAACGCACCUUCUUGGAAACCUCCACAGAAACAACUGUGUCUAAUGAGUGGGAGAAGAGGCUUUCCACAUCUCCCGUUCGGCUUGCAGCAAGGCAGGAGGAAGCUCCUAUGAUUGAACCACUAGUGCCUGAAGAGACUAAACAGUCCACUGGUGAAAAAACCUUGGAUGGUUCAGAUAUCUUCAGUUUAAUAGAGUCUGCCAGAAAACCGACUGAGUUCAUAGGAGGGGUUACUUCUACUUCACAUAGCUGGGCUCAGAGAAUAGACACGACAUCUCGGGAGAUAACUUCCAGUGAAAUGAAGCAAGCAGUUCAGCCGCAUCAGGAUACAGUGAAGAAGGUUGUACAGGAGACAGUGGUUAUUGAGGAGAGACAAGGGAUGAAUGUGUGUGCGAGCGGGGAUCCUGCUAAAGCGGCCGGACUUGCGCUGGAUGCCCGGGCUGAGGCAGCGUCGGCAGUGACUGCUGGCGUGAAAGGGAAGGAGGGCUCUGCUGGGACUCAGGGGGCGAAGGAGGAAAAAAGGGAGGAGGCUGGGAAAGCCCUAACCAAACAGGAAGGAGUCGCUGCUGCUGCUUCGUGUGAGCAGGUGGAGGAGCACAGGACAACAGUCCACCUUUCAGAGUCUUUGGAAAAAAAACCUCACUUUGAGUCGCCAGUUGUGAAGACUGAGACUAUCAGUUUCAGUAGUGUUUCUGCUGGUGGGGAAAACCUUGAAAUUUCAACAAAGGAAGUGCCAGUAGUCCAUACAGAAACAAAAACUAUUACGUAUGAGUCUUCUCAGGUGGAUUGCGGUGCCGAUUCAGAACCGGGUGUAUUGAUGAGUGCACAAACUAUCACGUCUGAAACCACCAGCACUACAACCACUACACAUAUCACCAAAACUGUGAAAGGAGGCAUCUCGGAGACAAGAAUUGAAAAACGAAUAGUUAUCACAGGAGAUGCAGAUAUUGAUCAUGAUCAGGCGCUGGCUCAGGCAAUUAAAGAAGCCAAAGAGCAGCACCCUGACAUGUCAGUGACCAAAGUAGUGGUACAUAAAGAGACAGAAAUCACACCAGAAGAUGGGGAGGAUUGAUCACAGGAAUAACCUAGAUUGCGUGUGAAUCCAGAUGUGCACACCAGUAGGAAUACGAGAGCCUAUAUGGAGUCUCAGUUCCAAUCUGACUGACUUGUAUCUGUCUAUGGAAAAUUUCAGUACAGAAGACUCGAUCUUGACCGUUAAUAAAGAAACUGGCAGAGAUACCUUCCCAUAGAAAGCAAUCUGAAUCAGCAGCAGUUAAACAAUAUUGCAUGAAGCAACGAUAAAAUUACAGAAAAGCAGCAUUUUUAAUUUUCUUAAAAUGUCUAAGUUUUCAGCUAUACCUGCACGUUCAUAAACAAUAUAAACAGUGAUCUCAUGUAACACAUAAACAGUUCAUGCCUUUCACAGUUUAUGAAAGUCUAAACAAAUUAAAAUUUGUUAGGUGGCAAGCCUUUUGUUUACGGAUAUUGUAAAUGACGAUUACCCCCCAAAUGCUAGAAGCUGUAUAGGUACUGUGUAUAAUGUUUUACCACACAUUAGAUGUGCCAAUAACACAGUUUAUUCAGUAAACAACUUGAAUCUUACAUUUGUUUCAUCUGGUUUUAUUACUGCCCGAUAAACGAUGAUGAAUCUUUACUCUUAUCAAAAUAUUUAAAUGCUUACAAAGUGUGCUUUGUAUACCUGACUGAAUACCUUAUGAGGUAGCAAUGAUUUUAGUAUCUUAACUUUAAUGAUUUUUGUCAGCAUUGUUCAGAGUCAGCUUCCAGUCACCCUUCACAGAUCCUAACCUUGUAAAUUAUAUGUAGUUAUUUUGGAGAAAAAAAAUCUGUAUUUUACUUAGUUUGCAGCAUUAGAAAAUAAUUAAUCUGAAAUAACCGUGAUGGUUUUCUAUUGAUUUCCCUUUUGUUCUCAGAGGAAAAAAAAAAGAAAAAAAAAAUCUGUUUGAGAAUCUGGUCAACAUUUACUAUCUAGUUCAGAGUCAAGCCUUAACCUGUACAGAACGUCCACUGAAAACUCGUUAGUGUCCAGCUAUAAUACCCACUGAAGGGAUAGCAUCCAUUACACUGUCAGCUGCAUCACAACACAUGGUGAAUGUAUGUUUCUGCAUAGUGAAAUAAAAGUGGUAAAUGCAUCCAAAAUCGUAUUGUUCUGUGUCUAAAAGCACCUGGUGUUUUUUAAUAUUCGAAACAUUAAGUUACCUUUGUAAGACACCACAGGUUUUACUCAUCUGCACAGUAGACACGUUUCGUCUUCAGCGGCUGACACUGCACUGUGCAGACAGUUGGAGUUAGCAGAGCAUCCAAAGGGAUGACAGCGUUCACCUUUGGGCAUGUGAUGUUUGCAAAGGAAAAGGAGUAUUUGGUUCCUUAUGUUUUCUCUGGUUGUGUACCGUUUCACUGAACCUAAAUGAAGGAUUUUGUGGUUGCUUAGAAAGUAAAGGCCAGUAGUGCUUGAUCUAGAUCCACUCUCUUUUUGUACUUUUGCUGUGAAACAUGGAUAAAAUUCUCUUUCAAGCAGCACUUACUUACCUGUCCCUUUUUCUUGCUCCUUUGCCACAUCUCGUUGAUGCUCCCCUGGUAGUUCAAGAGAAAUUCGUAAUGAUUAAUUCACCCUUCAAUCCAUAUUUCCUUGCAGGAUUGAAAGAAAUUAGUACAAGCAGACUUUUCAGGACAUAAAGGGCCAAAUUUGCCCAUCAUUGUUUACAUGGGACUCCCUCACAUUGAAGUCAAUGGAUUUGGCUUCAGUGGAGAGCAGGAUUUGACCCAGUGACUUGAUAAUAAAUGUUUAUUUUCUUAAUUUAGAAAGAAAAAUACUAUAUAUAGAGAGAAUAACCUGUAGAUAAUAAUUAACAGUAAUAUACCAAGGCUUUUAAAGCUUUGCCCUUAGUCUCUAAAACAUCUUCCUUCCACCAGCCAUUCUUCAUGCCUUUAAUCCAGAGUGCUAACGAUGCAACUCCCCCUUCUGCCGUCAUUGCUUACCCCUUGCCCAAUGACCAACGCAAAGAUUACGGUCUGUUGUGAUCUUUGACUGACCUCUCCUCCUCCUAGUCCAAGAGCAUCUAUGUUCUCAGCCCUCUCGGUGACGGCUGGCUCAGCUCUCUGGUGCUGCCCGCGCCUGGUGGCAGCCGGGGGUGGAGGAGGUACUCGCCCUGUGUCUCAGCAGACCGCAUGCCAGGUUCUCGCUACUGCAUCAGGAGUUCAAAAAUAGACUCUGAAGCCAUAUUGAUCUUCCCUCAGGUGCCCCUCAUGUUGUCAGCUAGGAAACAGCAUUGUAUUACCUCAGAGAGACGCGAGGCAAUUGCACAGCCUUCUCUCCAGAGUUAGCAUUAUAUUUUAGCAUGGCUUGAGGAGAUUGUACUUUGGUGAUACUGCACAGUAUGUCCGCUGUCUAAAGAUAUUGUGUCGUAAGAAGUUAGUCUCGUUGGAAAGGACGCUCACAGCUAAGAUACGGCCUAAGAGUAUGCAAACUAUGAGGAGGUGAGAGUGGACGGGCAAGGACAGCUCAGUGCUACUGUUGGCAGUAGACCCUUGCUUGGGGAUGGUUCCUGGAAGUGAUAGCUUUGGUUUUUGUUAGAAACUGUUUCUUGGGUUGUCUGCCUAAUGCUGUGCCACAUGAAAUAAAGAACACCUGCCUGUUUC